GAUCCGGUAUCCGCGCCAAAAGUCAUUGUUGUUCUCCGGAGGCCUGCCCGCCUCGCUCGCCUGUUGCCCUGAACGCUCCAACGGCGCAGCAUGGGCUGCAUCCAGAGCAUCGCCUGCAACAAGUCCCGCAUCAAACGAGAGAGCAUCGUGGUGUACGACCUGUCCGCCACCAUCGACAACUACCCCACAGUCAUCGAGGAGAACUCGCCCAUCGUGCUCCGCUACAAGACGCCCUAUUUCAAAGCGUCGGCGCGGAUUGUGAUGCCGCCCAUUCCGCGCAGGGAGACAUGGGUGGUGGGCUGGAUCCAGGCGUGCACCCACAUGGAAUUUUACAACACGUACGGAGACGUCGGCAUGUCGAGUUGGGAGCUGCCCCAGCUUCGUGAAGGCCUUGUGAGGGCCAUCAGCGACUCCGAUGGUGUGAGCUACCCGUGGUAUGGAAACACAACAGAGACCGUCACCAUCGUCGGCCCCACCUCCAAACCAUCUCGGUUCAUCAUCAGCAUGAAUGACAACUUCUACCCCAGUGUCACCUGGGCAGUGCCGGUCAGCCAAUCCAACACGCCCUUACUGACGAACAUCAAAAGAGAUCAGAGCUUCACCACAUGGCUGGUGGCGCUCAAUGCCACGUCCAGGCAGAAGAUCCUGUUACAUACCAUCAAGUGGAGGAUGAGGGUGGAUAUUGUGGUGGAUCCAUUGCUGCCUCUGGGCUCCAGGGCCAAACUGGUAGGCCCAGUCUACCAGGACCAGCCUCGGGUACUGACUCGCAUGGAGCCCAUUCCUCCUAAUGCCACAGGGAGGCCUAAUGCCAAUGAUGCCCAGGUUCUUAUGUGGAGGCCAAGGAGAGGCCCUCCGCUUGUGGUCAUUCCGCCUAAAUAGCACGUUAGUGUCCAUUUCAUGUUACUGAAAAGUUAAACAGGCUGCAUUUCUACAGGCAAGCGGAGAUUUUGUGCCAAACUCUGCAAUGCUGUUGUUCCACCAAUAGGUGACAACUGCCUUAAUUCCCAGCGCUGCCUUCAACUAUCCAGAAUUAGUGUCUACUGCUGGUGCUGCUGGACUCCUCAGUGUAGAAGCUUUUCCUCCAGCCUGGUUUAGGACUUUUAAAAACCACCAACAGUGCUGGAACGUAAUACAAACCUGUAGCAGACCUGUAGGAGCAACCAUCAGGCCAAAAUACUCCUUUCACCUGUUUAAAAGGCUCAAUAAUUAUACAACAGUUAUGUGACAUGGGAGGAUUGUCGAGAUAGACUGAGGUGACUGUUGUACAGGUACAAGGACGAUGGAACUGUGGCAGCAGUUAAUCCACGAGGACAACGAAAGAGGCUGUGGAGCCUGCAGGGUGGAGUCCAGGCCUGGUGCUUUAUCACACCGUACUCCCUCACACAGCCAGGGGCUUCAUUGGCUGCAUCAUAGUGAAAUAAUCAAGAAUUAAA